AUGGGUGUCCCGAAGUUCUUCAGGUAUACCAGCGAAAGGUAUCCUUGCCUUAACGAGCUGGUAAAACAGUAUCAGAUACCUGACUUCGACAACAUGUAUCUGGACAUGAAUGGCAUAAUACACAAUUGUUCACAUCCUGAUGACUCUAAUCCACACUUUCGAAUCACAGAGGAAAAAAUAUUCCAAGAUGUAUUUCAUUAUAUCAGUUUGUUAUUUCAAAUUAUAAAGCCGAAGAAGCUGUUUUUUAUGGCAAUUGAUGGUGUAGCUCCAAGAGCAAAGAUGAAUCAGCAGAGAGGCAGAAGAUUCAGAGCUGCUAGGGAAGCAGAAAAAUUAGAAGAACAUGCAAAAGCGAAAGGUGAAGUUCUUCCAAGUGAAAAACGGUUCGACAGCAAUUGUAUUACACCUGGAACGGUAUUCAUGGCGCGUUUGCAUGAACAACUAAAGUACUUUGUCAAACAAAAGAUGUCAUCAGAUCCCCUAUGGGCUAAAGUGAAAGUUAUAUUGUCAGGACAUGAGACACCCGGUGAAGGAGAGCAUAAGAUAAUGGACUACAUUCGAUGGGCCCGUUCUCAACCGGAUUACGAUCCCAAUACUAGACAUUGCUUGUAUGGGUUGGAUGCUGAUCUCAUAAUGUUGGGAAUGUGCACUCACGAACCACAUUUCGCGCUCCUGAGAGAAGAGGUGAAAUUCGGCAAAACGACUCAACGUGCUACCAGCCCAGAGGAAACAAACUUUUACCUUCUUCAUUUAUCUCUACUUCGUGAAUACUUAACCCAGGAGUUUAUAGACAUUAAAGAAAAAUUACCCUUCGAGUUUGACAUAGAAAAAAUUGUCGACGAUUGGGUAUUGAUGGGUUUCCUGGUGGGCAAUGAUUUUAUUCCUAAUUUACCCAACAUGCAUAUUAGUAAUGAUGCAUUACCUGUUUUAUAUAAAACAUACAUGACUGUGUUGCCGACACUCGAUGGGUAUAUAAAUGAGGCAGGUGACUUAAACCUAAGCAGGUUUGAAAUAUUUAUGCAGGAACUAGCAAAAAUCGAUAAGGAGAAGUUUCAGGAUACCUAUACAGAUUUAAGAUACUUUGAGGCUAAAACUGGAAGGAGACCUAAUGCUCAAGAGAGAAAGGAGUAUAAGCCGAACAACGACGAGACGUUUAAUGUAAACAUAGACGAUAUCAAGGCAAACAAACCUGAUGACGAAUUACAGGCGCUUAUUAACGCCACCCAGGAAAUGUAUGUGGACAACGUUGACGACGUGGACGAUGAUGAGGAGUAUGAAGAAACCAGUGACGAGGAGGCAAACAUGGAAAUGGAAUUUAUUCUUCACAAGAAAGACUAUUACAUGAACAAAUUAGAUUACUCUAAAGUCACAGAUGAAGUUCUUGCUGACCAAGCGGAGGGAUAUGUCCGAGCCAUUCAGUGGAACUUGUGGUACUACUAUAAAGGCUGUCCGUCCUGGUGCUGGUAUUAUCCACAUCAUUAUGCACCCUAUAUAUCUGAUAUAAAGGGUUUCAAGGAUCUGAAGAUUGAAUUUGAACUCGGCGAGCCCUUCAGGCCUUUUGAGCAGCUGCUGGCGGUGUUACCCGCGGCCAGCAAACAUUUGCUGCCGACUCCGUUCCACGAGUUGAUGACGGACGAGGACUCACCCAUCGUGCAUUACUACCCGCUUCACUUCGACACAGACCUUAACGGCAAGCGCAACGACUGGGAGGCCGUCGUGCUCAUACCUUUUAUUGACGAGGCAAAUCUUCUAUCAGCUAUGGCACCUUGCUAUCAAAGAUUAACUGAAGAGGAACUAAAGAGAAACAGCCAUGGACCCAUGCUGGUUUACAACUGGACAUCAACUAAUUUAGGCGUCGCAUUUGCACCAGCGUACUUCCCGCCGAUCACGGAGAAUCACGCGAUGGAAAAACAAGUAUGGCGGAGCGAGCUGGACGUGCCCGAAGAUCAACUGAAGCGAGGCAUGUUGCCUAAUGCAAAUCGAGACCUGCUCUAUCCCGGGUUUCCUACCAUGCGACAUCUCAAAUAUCGUACAUGCUUGAAAAAGCGCCAAGUGAAAGUUUUCGACCAGCCCUCCCGUAACGAGAAUAUGAUAGUUGAGAUAAUACGCGAAAAAGAUGACCCGCCUCUUGAGCAAGUCGCUCAGGAACUGUUGGGGAAAGUGAUAUGGGUCGGUUGGCCACAUCUCACUAAAGCAAAAGUGAUAUCGGUGUCUAAUGAAAAUACCCGUCUACAUCAUAUAGACAAACACAACAACAAUGUAAAUGGUCAGCCCAGUUACUCCACGGUGGAAAACUUUGGUAACCUCCACAAACAAUGGAUCUCUGAACGCUCUACUAUUAUAGAACACAAUAUGAAUCGACUGGGCAUCGAAUUAGGAGAUGUGAACGUUAUUGUGCAUGCAGUUAAUCUUAAAGGUUACAAAUACAUAAUUCAGGACAACGUAAAAAUGGUGCAAGAUCCGGAGUGGUGCGAGGUGGCGUGCGGGUACGCGCUGCAGGCGGUGGUGGCGCGCGCCGCGGCCUACGUGCACGAGGCGCCCGGCAAGUUCCUGUCGCCGCAGCAGGCCUACCCGCCCGGCGACACCGUCUUCUUGUUGACGCACGGACAGUACUACGGCUGCAUGGCCACGGUGGUGGAGUCGGACACGAUCCGCAGCGGGCGCAUCAAGGUGUGCGUGCGGGAGCGCGACGAGCCCGACGCGGCGUGCGAGCUGGCCGCCGCCAGCCCCUACCGCUCCGCCAACCACGCGGCCGCCGCCUGCGGUAUAUCCGCUCAAUUGCUGUCCCGUAUAACUGGAACGGUGUUUGUGAUACUUGGACAGAAGAACAAUCUACCCUUCGAAAAUCAGAACAAAUUGAAUAUAGGCCUCAAUCUGAAAUUUAAUAAAAAGAACGAGGAGGUUUCAGGCUACACGCGUCGGUGUAACGUAAGCAACGCUUGGCUUUACUCAGAGCGUUGCAUAGAGCUAGUGAAGUCAUACGCUCAACAGUUCCCUGACUUGUUCGACAGUUUGCCUCAUUAUUUCGACAAAAACAUGAUUUUCGAAGAAGAGCUGUGGCCGGGAGAAGUUGGCGCGAACAAGCCGCAGGAGGUGGUGGCGUGGCUGCGCGCUCAGGCGCACAAUAAGGCGACGCGGCGCGCGUGCGGCUCGCAAGCGCUGGAGGCGGCCGAACUGCGCGCGCUGGCCGCGCACCUGGCCGCGCAGCAGCGCCACGCGCAACGCACGCUCAACCUGCACGUCAAGUGGAACCUGCUCUACAAGCCAGAGUUACACGAGGGUAACAUCUCGCCGGACCCAACGGCGGACUUCAAGCUGCUGGACCGUGUGGUGUGCGUGGCGCGCAACAUGACGGUGCCGCUGGGCGCGCGCGGCACCGUCACGGCCGUGUACCGCGCCGCGCCCACCAACACCGUGCGCCUGGCCGACAAGCUCAACACCGAACCCACCUACCAGGUCAUGUUCGACGAACCCUUCCCCGGCGGCAUGCUGGAGGAACUCUUCGAGGAAACCAGAUUCUACAGGAUGCUGGGAACAAACAUGUUAAAUAUCUCGUACGGCCGCAAGCUCCGUAAUAUGAAAAUAAACGAGCAACAGGAAUGGUUGGGCGUGAACACACCACCAACAUUGUUACGUCGUGAUCAGCACCAUUCUGCCUUCGCUAGCUAUAGUCCACCGGCUGAUAGUAAGUCGCCGGUAGCCGAAGUACGCACCAACUCAUUCCACAAUGCAGUUAACAAUAGUGGCGCACCCGACAGUGCAACACAUCUGUUACGAAAUCUUCUCAAGAUAAGUGAAGACUCGGAUUCAAGUAAAAGGGACAACAAGAAUGCUAACGAACAAAGCAAUUGGCGAAAUUCAGACAAUAAGACGUCGUCUUCGCCGCAAAGCCCGUUGCAUCCGUUCUGGAAAUUGUUUGCUGGGAGUACACGCCAACAAAACUGGCGCAAAGAGAGUAACCCAUCGUUUAGUGGUAUUAGGCCGCCGCAGGCGUUCCCUGAUUGGACCAACUUUAAGGGGCCCGCGCCGGUGGUGUUCCCGGGCGCCGCGCCCCCCGCGCCCGCGCCCGUCCCGCAGCGCGCGCCCGCGUUCCCGCCGCACCUGCCCAGCGUCACGCUCGCGCCCACUUGCCACAACCGAGCGAAUCUUCCAUUUAUGCCAAAUCAAGGCAAGCCGCAUGCAUCGAAUACCCAGCAGUAUGCCAACAUAGCACCAAAUGCGGAUAAAGUGCACAACCCGUUUGUCCCGCUACAAGUUCAAACCAGUCAGAGACGCGUACAAAAUCAUAGUGGCCCAUCACAUAGUAGAAAGGAUUUGGACGGACUGCCGGCACCAAAGUCAAUCAUACCACAACCCCAACCUUACACUGAACCAGUCCUCCAACAACCUCAGAACUCAAGAAGUAAGCCACAAAGAAAGAAGAAACCAAGAAUUGCAGCCAAUUUACCUUUCGAAAUGGAUUAG